AUGGGCAUGCAAGGACGUUGUCAGUGUGGCAACAUAAAAUUUACCACACCUACAGAGAAACCCCUCAAACUUUACGCCUGCCACUGCACUGAAUGCCAGCACCAAAGCUCAUCUGCCCAUGGCAUCACAGCGAUAUUGCCCUAUUUCGAGCUCCCUGAGCCCAGCUCUGACUAUAUCGGGAUCUACACCCGGGUCACUCUCAAAGGACGACACAUGGAGUGUCUGUUCUGCUCGAAUUGCGGUUCUAGAAUCUUGCAUCGAUUCCGUGAUGCCAUGCCCGCCCCGGGAGAGAGGCCAGGCCCUACCGCCACUACCAAUGUCAAGGGCGGCUGUCUUGAAAAUCUAGAUAAGGUUAUGAUGCGGGAGGUGGUUCAUAUCUGGACUCAGCAUGCGAUUGUGGACAUCCCCGAGGACGCAGAGCAGUGGGAGCGGGAGCCGCCUAAUCUGAAUCUUCUCGUGUCAUCAUCAGAAAUAUCUAAAGAAUGA